AUUAAAGGGAAGUAUAAGUUUCGCAAAGAAGAAGACAACUCAAGACAAGACAACUCUUGUCAUAUCAAUUGGUCGAGAAUGGGAUUCAAUGAUUCUAUUUAUAGACGAAACAAACCUGAGAAAUACAAUCAAAAUGGAAAUCGAGGAUAAUAUGGAUUUGAAGAGCAGUUCAUUCAUAAACGUAACGCUCGCCUUCUGGACCAAUGACAAUGGUUUGGCUAUUCCUCCGCAGGCUCUCCAUCAACACAAUGAUAAUGAAAACUCACAAUUAUUUGACACAUUAAAUGAGGCCAAUAAUUAUGAGAAACAUUCAAAUCAAUUGCUUAAUGCAAACACCGGAGAGAAACCAAUAUCGGACGUCAAUCGCAACGAACCGACGGUUCAGCGUUUGAUUAGCUCUCUAUUAAGUGACCAAUUCUUGGCCCCUAAAGAGGAGUCCGCACUCAAUGGUAAUGACAAUAUCAGCGGUUCUCUCAUCGCAAACAUCACAAAAAGAGUGUUUGAAAACUUGACAGACGUUACAAACGAUACACUCUUGUGCUCUGAAUUGACCACAAAUGACUGCAUUUGGAGGAAUAUGACGGCAACCGAUAACAGCACCCAUGACUUGGCCCACACUCCACAUCCCGAUCGAGUCUAUUGGGCCCUAUUCUUAGUGAUACUUCCAAUACUCGCACUCUUUGGCAAUAUUCUCGUUAUACUCAGAACUUUACAAACGGUUACGAAUUGGUUUAUAGUGAGUCUGGCUUUCGCUGAUUUAUUCGUAACCAUUCCUAUGGUUUUCUCGCUUUACGUUAUGGCCCAGACUUACGGUUUAGUGGAGGCAUCGCAGCCAUCCAUAAGACAUUUGCUGUCAAUGAUUGAUGUAAUGCAAGCGAAAUGCGAAACUCAAUUCGGGCUUCACUUCCAAUGCAUUGGAGCUCAAACUUAUGUCCUCUUAAUUCUCUAUAUAUCUGUCGUUUCAAUCGAUUCCUCACUCUUUAACAAUCGUCUCAUAGAA